AAACACGAGGCGGAAAAUUCUGCAGCAGGGCUGCAUUGUCGCGAGGCAUCGCAGACCGCGUGGUAAAUCUUUUGCGACGCAUUCUAUGUGAUUUCACUUGGGCAUCAGAAAGCGCUGCUUUGUAAAGAAAUAUCAUAAUUAUCGUAAAAUAUCCCAUCGUCGCCAUGGUUUACUACAAGGUUGCAAUUAUUAUUGGCGUACUCCUUUUCCUUUCCGGCAUUGUCGCUCCCGAGCAUUCUGACCAACCGUGCCAGAAAAUUGAUGACAAGUAUUUUUGCAUUUGCAAUUCAACAGUGCGGCUUUCUUUUCCCGGCACGUUAGACCUGGAUUUGAUUCCCGAUAACGUGCGAGCAUUGGCACUUGAUUCCGCUCACCGGACAGAACUCCGCACUAGCCCACUGUACCGCUCCACUUAUUGCAACGUUUUACGAAACGAUCACCAGAGUAUUCCAGUUCGAAGCAAUUUAACGAAAGUGAUUCUGAGAGGAUUUACUGGACAAGGCCAGCGUCCUCCAUUCCGAAAAUUCUUGCAAAAUAUUCAGGAUAACAUCGAACAAAUAUACAUUAAUUACUGCAGAAUUGGUUAUUUGGAGGCCGGCUUGUUUGGCACUCAUAGAAAAUUGAACAUACUGGAUUUGUCGAAUAACGAUAUCUACGAUAUAUCAGCUGACGCUUUCCGGCAUCUGGAACUGACCGGUUCAGGUGGCUGGCUGGGUCUGAAUGGAAACGCGUUACAAGAGCUUGAUUUGCGUGUGUUUCAACCGCUUGCAUCUUGGGUGAGUCGUAUUCGUCUUGAAUACCAGUUGCCCAAAAUGCGCAAACUUUAUGCCAGCGGUGACCACUUUGAGUUUACCGUUUUGAAAAACUUGUCGUUGAAUGGCAACGAUCUAACCGGGAUGCCAUUAGAAAUUUUGCAGUCCAUGCCGAAACUACAGGAACUGCACCUGUUGGGAAAUAUGCUGUGCGAUGUCGACGAUUGCUCAUGCUGUGAAAUGGAACCGUUUCGGCAGUUCCUCGCCAACAAAUCAUCAGAUGAACUUAUGGGUGUUACAUUUCAGUGCGGUUCCAUGGCUUAUAAUAAUCACGAACUAUACGGUUUUGUACGGCUUCCAUCGUCGCGUCCUUCCUGUCCAAAAUGCGUGUAUCCGGAUCCAUUGACUAUACAGUGCCAAAAUGGAAUCAUUUCUGUGCCAGACUCCAAUGUAGAACACACUAACGCUCUGCUCAUUCGUUUCUCCAGCGACAAGACGCUGGACUGCGCAGACAUCGUCUAUGACCUUUACCACACCAUACAAUCACUGGGGAACGUGUCGCAGCCCGAACCGAGCUCAUCAGAGGCAGCACUGUAUUGUCGUGACAACAGAAUUUCCGUGUGGAGACCGAAUCCCAACGUGGUCAAUCCGCUAAAGGUCACUGUUGACACGGAUCUCAGUCCGCACUGCCGCAAUAUUCGUGCCAAGUUUCUGAAAUUUUUACGAAAAGAGAUUCAGGAUAAAGGACACCAAAACACUACACUUUCGUUGGUUCCGGUUACGCUUUCUGUGGAAACCUGGAUUGCGAGUCAUUUGGUGUGUCCGCUUGGAGCUCCGUUAUUUAUUAACUGCACCGAAGGAAGAAUGACCUUUUCUGUAAAACCACUGAACACCACGAAAUCCACGGUUCUACAUGUUCGCGGUGAUGAAUCUGUUUAUUGCCGAGAAUCCAUUACUAAUGUCAGCCAAUACUUGCUAAAUGACGAAGGAACAACGGUGGAAGACGACGCAGUGUACAGCCAGUCACAGGACGGCGUAGUGGCUGUUUGUCAGCAUGGUCGCAUUGUUCUGUCGGAAUCGGGCGUGCAAAACUGGACUAAAAUGCAUUUGACGUACUAUUCAGCGCCCAACGAUCCUUGUCAACAGAAGUACCGAGCAUUCCUCAAUUACAUCCAAGCGAGGCAGCAAACUCUAGCGUAGGAUUCUGGAGCCUGACGAAAAUUCGCAUUAGACCACACCCAAUUCGCACCCAUAGUUCCUUUUCUGAAUUUUAGGUAUAUUUGUACGUUGCAAAUGCAGUGCUUGAAACAAGUAUUUUUACAUCGGGAUGCCGAAUGGUUUUGCAUUCUUUAAUUAACAAUUUGCAACAUUAAAGAUAUUUGUUUGACAUUCCAGACUUUCGUGACACGUUAAUUCGCGGUAAGUGUUCCGUUUAAGU